CCCAAAUAAGUCUCAGGUUGAUUGUUCCUUCUCUCUUAUUGAUCUUCCCUCAGGUUGUGGAAACAGCAGUAUGAGCGGUGACAUGUACAGUGCCGGCUACCGCUCCAUCACCAACGUGGACUACUCCUCUGUGUGCGUCAGUACGAUGAGGGCCAGGCACAGCGACCGCCCGGGCAUGACCUGGCAUCAGAUGGACAUGCGCCAGCUCUCCUUCCCCGAUGAGUCCUUUGAUGUCAUCCUAGAGAAGGCCACGCUGGACGCCAUCAUGGUGGAAGAGAAGACGUCCUGGGAGGUGUCCCCUCAAGCUGCCGUUUUCUUUCACCAAGCACUCACACAGGUUGGCCGCUGCCUGAAGCCCGCGGGGCGCUUCGUCUCCGUAACCUUCUCCUCGCCCCUCCUCAGGAGACGUCUCUAUGCUCGCACCGAGUACAACUGGUCCAUUCAGAAGUACAGUUACGGAGACGGCUUUGAGUAUUAUGUGUACGUAAUGACCAAAGGGGAGGAGCUCAGCCCAGAAGAUGCAGCUCUGGAGAAAAAGCUACUGGAGGACACCGAAUCACCACCUGCCGCCAUUGUCUCCAUGCAAAUGGAAGACGAGGAAGACUUCCUGCUUAAUAUUGAAUUCUAGGAACACGUGAACUCUGAGGGUUAUCAGUGAGCUCGGCUACGGUCACUCGUACAACAAGAGCUGCCUGGGUGACCACACAUGUCUACCUCUCGUCAGAACUAGCUGCUAUGACUUUAGCUGUGGUUUAUGUUCGGCACAGAUGUUCAUAUCGACAUCUGUGAGGAAAGAUUUGAGAGGAUUUGUUUUCUACAGGAUUUAGACGAUGCCCCACCAGGCUCUCUCAACAUGUGGUCAAGAGAGCAAAUAAUGACCAAAUAUACAUCCAAAUACACGUGGUGAAUGCACGAUAAUUGGGAGUUGUUGCAUUUCCAAAGAAGAAUUGGAAACAGUAGCAUAAUAAUCACGUUUGAGACUAACCAAAAGAAACCGUGGAGUUACUAUUUACAAAAUGUUCAAAAUGGUUGUGCCAAAUAAAUAUAAUAAAUGUAUCGGAGUGUACCCUAAAUAAACACAUCUGUUGUCAAACAGACCUAAUUCACUUAUUUUUUUAAUACAUCUUUAUUACAGUGGUGCCAGCAAAUAUACCUCGUGUUUUUGUUUUUGUAAAUCACCUAUGUGUAUGAAAAAUACUUAGAUUACCCAAACUGACCACUGAUGUUUUUAAUGUGACGAUUACAGAUAAGGUAGCUUCACGAUCAACUUUACAGGAUAAACAAUGUCAACACGGAAUACAUCUUUGGCUUGAACUCUUGGAGUGUCCCUGUGAUCCGAACUAAAACAUUGUUUUCUAUAUGUUUUCUGUGAUUGUUUUGUUUUUUGAGUCAGUUUGUGAUUACUCUAGUCGUCUAUACUAUGACUCAUCAUGUUUCUGUCUGUUUCAUCAUGUUCUAAAGCUGCUAGCAUCAGCUUAUGUUGUAAUGCAGGUCAUAAUCUACUCCCCUCUACCUCCAUCUGCCUCAUGGAUGUGGAGGUCUGGAUCGUGGUCCAUGCCGACUCCCAACUAUACACUCUGUCAUACUCAUUGAAUGUGUUGGAGCUCUGUAAUGACUCCUUCUGGUCACAUGACAUCUAUUGCAUGUGUCCAUCUGGGGAGAGGGAUCCUCCUCUUUUGCUCUCCUGAAGGUUUCUUCCCUUUUUUCCACGUGAACGUUUUUUUUCUUCUAUUUAUUUGGGAGUUUUUCUUGCUCUGAUGUGAGGUCAAAGGUCAGGGAUGUCGUAUGUGUACAGAUUGUAAAGCCCUCUGAGGCACAUUUGUAAUUUGUGAUGUUGGACUAUAUAAAAUAAACUGAAUUGAAUUGAAUAAUAUAAA